AUGUGUUUUCAGCCGGAAUUCCUCAAUUCCGACGUCGCUUUGGCUUUGCGUGAGUCCUCAGCGCCCGGCGGCAGACCGAUUUGCCCACCACUGGAGCAUCCCAUCAAGAAGAAGGUGAGUUGGGCAUGGCGCACCAAAGAGGGCCAUGUGUGUGCCAGCGAUGCAUUGGUAUGCGAGGUUGAUGGUCGCCCUUCCUACACUGCAAUGCGCUGUCCUCCUCUUUCUUGUCUUGUGCUCGUCUGUUGGCACCGUGUGCCCGUGUGCCCGUGUGCCCGUGUGUGUGUCUAUGUAUGUAUGUGUGCAGGCGCCUGUCACCAGCACCAGCAGCUGCCGCAGCGGCAGCGGCAGCAGGCCAACUGCCCUCCACCCCAAGUCCCAUCGGCCACGCCAAUGGCGCCGCAGCAGCAGCGGCUGGAGCCGGGACGCCCGAGACUCCCAGGACGCCCGUCGCAAUCAGCAGCAGUAAGUCCAGUCCGUCAGGCAGAGCUCGGCACUCUCUAUGGCUUGGCCACUCCAUCCAUCCAUUGAUUGUAUGUGUUUCUGUUUCCCUUGGGUCAGUGAGCGUAGGGACCCCGCGGCCCGCCGUGUGUCCAGAUGGACGCCAACCACCUUGGGCUAA